AUGGCUCAAACGGACAAGCCCAGCGGCAGCAGCACUGCCUCGGCCGUCCCCGAGACAAGCAAGCAGCCCCUCGAGGAGGAGCUCGACGAGCCGCCAGUGGAGAGAUUCCCACCAGAGGAGGAAGCGAAACUCCUCGCCGAGUCGCAACAACACAAGACAAAGGCAAACUCUCUCUUUGCCUCGGGGAGCUACCAGGACGCCAUCGACAGCUACCAGGAGGCGGUGUCCCUCUGCCCACACUACCUCUACUACGACCUCGCCGUCCUGCACUCCAAUGUCGCCGCAUGCCACCUCAAGCUCGAGCAGUGGAAGGAGGCCAUCAAGAGCGCCACAGAUAGCCUCAAGGGCCUCGAGAGGGUAGACAGAGAGAUCCUCGCCGGCGAGGAAGAGCUCGAAAGGUCACAAGCAGCACAACAAACCAAUGAGGAUGACGAUGUCGAGGAGGAGAUUGUGAGCGUCGGGGCUCAGAGCAGUGGUCCAGGAGUACCCAAACAAGACAGCCAAGAGGAGCAGGCUCUCAGGAAGCGACGGGAGGAUGUCGCGAGAAUACGCGCAAAGGCGCUCAUGCGCCGCGCGAGAGCCAAAAGCGAACUCGGCGGCUGGUCCAAUCUCUCUGGCGCUGAGGAGGACUACAAGCAGCUCUCGGGCAUGUCGAACCUGGGACUGGCGGACAAGAAGCUUGUGCAUGCACAGCUGCGUGAUUUACCAGCCAGAAUCAAGGCGGCCCAGGAGAAGGAAAUGGGCGAGAUGUGGGGAAAACUUAAGGAUCUGGGUAAUGGCUUGCUGAAGCCCUUUGGACUGAGUACCAACAACUUCAACAUGGUCAAAGACGAGAAGACUGGUGGCUACAGCAUGAACUUCUCCCAAGAUCCACCAACGAAAUGA